AUGUCUGUGACCAAAUUCAAUGCAAUGGUGUCUGGACUAUUCAACUUGGGUAGCUCGAAUGAGUGGGUUGUUACCAAGAAGGCUGUCAGGUCAUCAGAAUCCGACUUGUUGGCCGUUGCUGAAAGGGAAUCAAGGAUGACAAACCAGUUGCAAAUCCACAGAGGAGCUUCGGAAAGAGAGCUCACUGAGUUAAACCAGUUAAAGACAGAUCCUGCCGCUGUUACGAGGGUGAAUAAGAUAUACUCGAAAGAACUCACACUGGCAUUCCUCUCAGCCUCGGUUAGGAGCCUCUUAGCCGCACAAGGUGUACAUUUCUACUUCCUCUUCCAAGUGACUUUUCUCCUCGUCGGUCUAGAUUUAAUCGGAGAGCAGAUUAGCUAA